UCAUAGUGAAGCUUAUGGGCCGAAUGAUCUCUCUGAUGGUGAUGAGGAGAAGAUUGGAGGCAAUGUGGGGAAAGCAUGGCAGUCUGGAGGUGAUAGACCUAGGAAACGACUAUUUUCUUUUGCACUUCUUUAAUUCAGAAGAUCUUGAUUAUGCGAUUAUGCAAGGUCCUUGGAAAAUAUUUGAUCACUAUUUAGCUGUUCGCUUAUGGAAACCAGAGUUUGAUCCAACCUUAGCUACCAUUGAUACUAUUGCGGCAUGGGUUAGGCUGCCGGGAGUCGCUAUUGAAUACUACCAUCAGUCAAUUUUGAAAAAAAUUGGCAACAUCAUUGGUAGGACCAUCAAGGUUGAUAGUAAUACGGCUGACAUUGCUAGGGGUAAAUAUGCAAGAAUCUGUGUGGAAUUAGAUUUGACCAAGCCACUGGUUUCUCAUUACAUGAUCAACGGAGUGAAACUUGCAGUAGAAUACGAGGGUUUACAUCAAGUCUGCUUUUCUUGUAGAAGAGUAGGACACGACAACGGUACAUGCCCAGAGAAGAAUCAAGUUACAAAUGAAAACGGAGGCAAUACCAUCAGCAAUGGAGAAAACAAAGGAGGAGAGGAAGAGGUUGAAGAAAGGGGUAGCAGUGGAAUUACGGAAAAGGAUAAGGGUAAAAAAGUCAUUGAUGCCUCAGAGGAAUCAUACGGUCCCUGGAUGAUUGUGCAAAAGCCAGUACGUGGCAAAAAAAACCUUGAAAAUAGGAGAAUAUGGAAAUAAUCAUGGAGGUAGUGGUAAGAUGAAGGAAGGCAUGAAAACAGGGAAUCUUUCUAGAUUUCAUGUGCUACAAAAUGAGGAAACAAAUGAUAAGGAAGACCAAAAUAAUGGGAUGCAAAAGGAAAAGGAAGAUGAGGUACAGAUUAUCGAAAAAAAUGAUACGGGUAAACAAAAAGAGAAAAAUCAGGUAAUUAAAGCAAAAUGUAGGGAGCCAACAAUAAGAAAUGCCAGCUCAGUAAAUCCAGUUAAAAAAAAAUCAAAGUCAUCAAAGCAACAAAGAACAAAUGGACCUUGACAUUACUAUUUCGGAGCCCAACCAGACAUCAAAAGCCCAAUCACCAGUUUCUCCAUGCAACAAUGGGGCCAAACAACUAAAGAAGCCAAU